AUGCUAAUCCUCAACCAUUCCAGCUUCGUGACCUUCACGCUGAUGGGCAUACCUGGCUUAGAGUCACAGCACUUGUGGUUAUCUGUUCCUUUCUUCUCCAUGUUUUUGACUAUCCUCAUUGGCAAUGGUUCUAUCCUUUUCCUGGUGGCCACAGAGCCCACACUGCAUUCACAAAUGUACCUGCUUCUGGCCCUACUGAUGGUGGCUGACCUCAUAUCCACUCUGGCUGUGGUGCCCAAACUCCUCUGCCUCUUCUGGUUCAAUGAUGGGGACAUAGCUGCCAAUGCCUGUUUCACUCAGAUGUUUUUCAUCCAUGGAUCGUCUGUGACACGAUCAGCCCUCCUUGUUUCAAUGGCUUUCGACCGCUUUGUUGCCAUAUGUGAGCCCUUACGCUACAACAUAAUUCUGAGCCAUUCUUUAAUUGGACGCCUGGGACUGCUGGCUCUUGCCAAGGGUGUGAUCCUUGUCUUGCCCAUGCCUCUUCUACUUCAAAGUUUAACCUUCUGCCACAUGGCCAUUCCUCAUACCUACUGUGAUCACAUGGCUGUGGUGAAGAUGGCCUGUAACCACACCAGGCCCAAUUACAUCUAUGGGCUCUUCGUGAUCCUGCUUGUUGUGGGACUUGAUCUGCUGCUCAUUGGCUUCUCUUAUGCCCUUAUCCAUCAGGCUGUAGUACGCCUCAGCUCUCGAGAUGCCACCUGCAAAGCCCUCAACACCUGCUCAGCACACCUCUUUGUCAUCCUUGCCACUUAUGUGCCUGCACUCUUUUCCUCUAUCACCCACCGCAUCGGUCACAAUAUCCCACCUCAUACACAUGUUCUCCUUGCCAAUCUCUACCUUCUCCUGCCCUCAAUGUUCAACCCCAUCAUCUAUGGUAUAAAAAUGAAGGAAAUACGGGGCCAGGUGACCAAUUGCCUGUGCAGAGGAAUUGCACAGAAUGUGAGUCCCAGCAAUAAACCUGCAAGUAAAUGA